UGAGCUAGAACAAGAACUUCUGAUAGCAGAAGAGCAAAGAAGAAGAGAAGCUAAGCAUAAUAGCAGAGAAAAGAAGAUAGUACUAGAAAAGCAAUAUAAAGAAGAAAUGAAAUUAAAAGAAGAAUAUGAUCAAAUAAAAAAAACUAGACUAGAUCGCAAGCAAAAAGAGCUAUUAAUAGUCAAAGAAAAAGAGGAAAAAGAAGAGAUGUUCUGCAAUUAUGAAUCUCUAAUUACUCAGAAAGUUAAACAGAUCAAAGAAAAGGAGGCUAGCAAAGGAAAAACAGCAAUAGAAAUCUUGUUUCAAGAUGAUCAACCAAUAGAGUUUCUAAAGAUCAUUAUAGAAGAAACAGCUAGUAUAGAAGACAAAAUUGUAGAAGAUAUAGUAGAACAAGAAGUAUUA